UUUUUCUUGGCACACCUUCCACUCCUUAAGCUGGGGCCCCGCCCGUUAAGGGCCCUGCCCACUUUCCAGAGUUGCGCUCUCUUGAGCUCCGGCCUCUGCCUUCGGGCACUUUCGGGUGUCCCAGACUCCGAAGCCGAGGACCUAGAGAAGCCCCGCCCUCUCCGGCGAGGAGAGGAGCAGAGGGGCCGGAAGUAGCUUCUUGUGGGGCUCCUCUAGGACUCAGGGAGUUGAAGCUGCUCAGUGGUGCUAACUCAAUGGCUGUUGGGACGUGGGGGGCAACCGAAUCGGAAGAUUCCCUUAGACUAUCUGGCUCUGCCCUAGCUUCGCCACCUUUAUCCCCACCCCCGAGGAAGCUUUUUUAACAGCUUCUCUUUGUUGCUUUCUUAGAAGAUGACGCCACUUCGGCCUCUCUGGCCCUCAUAGCACUUUCCUCUUUGCCCUCAAGCACGAUGGCGAAGGUUUUGGCUUCUUGCCCAUAGGGAAGAUGGCCGCAGCGGCGGCUUCACGCCCUUUUUUACCACCCCGGAAGACUGUACCCGGCGAUUGGGCGGCGCCCGUCGGCCCAGGGAAGAAGGUGUACGGCGGUUGGGCCGGGUCAGGAAGGGCAGGUUUUAAAGGAGCCGGAGGUGGGAACAGUCCGAGAACCGGGAUCUGCGGGAGGCGGCGGCUGCAGCCAGGGGUUAAACCUGGGACCCUUCAGGGACUCCCUGAAGCUAUCGCUAUCCCUAUGGACUUGCCCCAAGAUUCCAGUCAGCCUUCCCUCAACCGGGAACCAUUGGUUAGAGCACCAUGGGAAGCAAGAACUCGGAAGCGGCCAAGGCUGCAGCAGCGGCUUGGAGAACCCAGGCUGAGCCCAAGGGUGGCAGGGACUGCAUCACCCCUAGAGAAGGCUUCUCAGCGGGUCCUCACAGUGGUGCUGGAGGAUGUCAUUGCCACCAGAAUGUCCCGAGAGAUGGUCCCUGAAGUGUCUUCAACUACACCACGACGGAGCAGUAGACUAGAGUCCAACCGCUCCCAGCCUUCUAUGUCUCCACUCCAGUCCUCCUGGAGCCCUCAGUCACGACCUCCUGACUGGUCUACCUUGUGCCGGGAGCCACUAACUCGAGCUCCAAAGCGUAUGGGAAUCCAGAGGAGGAGGCCACUACAACUGGGAACAUCCAGGCGGGGGGCUGAGGAGAAUCCUUCACACCAAGACAAGCCCUCCCAGCCAGCCCUGCUUGUAAUGUUGGAGGACAUCAAAAAUCCUCAGACUCCAGUGAAGGCCCAGGAGCUGCUGGGCUUCAACAAUGAGACUGAAGACCCAGGGAUCUCAGCAUGCAGAGUUGAUCAUAUGACAGCUAUUCACCAAUCAAAGCCUUCUUCCAUGGAUCUAGAUUCAGUGUUUCGACAGGCCUCUCCUGUGGACCAUUCUGAAUGCAUUUUGCCAGGCUCAGAGCCAGAGACCCCGUCUCCCCCACCCUCCAGCCUCUUGCGGCCACGCCUCAGCCCUUGGGGCCUGGCACCACUCUUCCGCUCUGUCCGCUCUAAGCUGGAGAGCUUUGCUGACAUCUUCCUCACCCCAACCAAAACCCCCCAGGCCCCACCCACAAGCCCCACAUCCCCAGCCUCACCCAUGAAGCUGGAGCUGAAGAUUGCCAUCUCGGAAGCCCCCGAGUCUGGGCGAGUCCGGGUAGAGGAGGGGGAGGGGCCUGUAAGCCCUCGCCCCCCCAUUCGUCAGUGGAGGGCCCAGGAUCCUGGUCUCCCUGCUGCCCCUAGGCCUCCUUUGGGUCGAAGCCACUCCUGCCCGGACCUGGGGCCCCCUGGGGAAGAGGGAUGUGCAUGGUCGGCCUUCCCUCCACAUCCAAAUAGGCCUCGGCCCAGAAGGCACACGGUUGGGGGUGGGGAGCUGGCUCGGGCCCCACCGCCUUCCCGUCCUUGCCUUCGAAAAGAGGUUUUUCCCUUGGGAGGGUCAGGUGCACCCCCAAACAUUGUCGCCACCUGCUCUCCUGCUGCUUCUACUUCCUCCUCUUUCUCGGACCUGCCAGAAUCCAGGGGUUGCUCCCCUCAAGGAGAGGAGCAACAACGCCCAGAGGACAUGGUGCUGUCAGACUCUGAGACCAAGGCUGUGGGAAAGGUCUCCUGCUUUCGGAUCCGCAGGACACCAUCCAGGACUCAGCCCAACCUUACUCCAAUGGGGCUGCCUCGGCCAAUCAGGUUGAAUAAGAAGGAGUUCAGCCUUGAAGAAAUUUACACCAACAAGAAUUAUCGGUCCCCUACAGCCAAAAGGUCCUUUGAGACUAUUUUUGAAGAGCCACGAGAGCGGAAUGGAACCUUGGUCUUCACAAGUUCUCGGAAGCUUCGACGAGCAGUGGAAUUCCGAGAUUGCAGCCUCCCUCGGCAUCGGAGGCCUUCCAGGGCAGUGCGCCCUGCCCCAGGCCGAGCCCCUACCCCUGACCUGGGACCUUUGCUGCAGCAGAGGCUGGAGGAACUAGAUGCCCUGCUGUUGCAAGAGGAAGAAGAGCCAGGCAAGGGUUAGGAGCUUUAGUUUUUACGUCCAGCAGCUUGUCCGUCCAGCCUUGGAAAGUGGGCCCUGACCUUGGGAGGAGGGGUCCUGGAGAGGGGUGUUCAGUCAGAAGACUGUUUUUCUCCCUAAUGUUAGUAAAGUUUUUCAUAUGGUUA